AUGGCAGCGCAAAAGGCUCCCACAGAGUCAAUCAUCACUGUCGAGCCCGUGCCUGGAGAUGGCCCGGAUGUCUUCCGAAGCGUGAGUAGCCUUCAUGACCAGAAAAACGCUCGAUCUGUCUUUGGUGGGAUCCUCAUCAGUCAUGCGAUUGGCGCCGCCAGCCAGACCGUGCCCCCGGGAUAUGUCGUUUGCUCGUCCAAGUCGUCGUUCAUCCGCCCGGCAGCAGGCGAAGAGACGAUCAAGUACGCCGUCGAGAGGACGGCAGACACGCGUGGAUUCGUCACCCGCCUCGUGCGUGCAUACCAGGGACCCGAGAAGUUGCUAUUGUAUCUCUCCACCAUCACUUUCCAGAACAAGAAGAGCUCGGCUCCUCGCUACAUACUCACCUAUGGCCUGCCUCCACCAGACCUCGGUGGGAUCAAACCCGACGACAUCCCCAAGGCUUCCCUGCCGCAGAUCAUGCAUUGGUCAACCAAGCAAGACUUCCCGGUGCAUGACCGCAACUACCUCAAGUUUAGAGAACCAUGCGAUUGGCGCCCGUGUGAGUUUACCGUCGUCGACGAGCCUACGGAAUACCGGAUGUACGGCUUUGUCCGGUCGCCUGAGAUAUCUACAGAUAGCCCCGGCAUGCACAUGGCGGCAAUAGGCUGUAUAUCGGAUUCUUACAUCAUUGGGCCUUCGCUUUAUGCAAACAUUAGCAAGGUCGGUCGCAUGAUCGAAAAUGUGGCCAUGGCGGUCAGUUUGAACCACAGUGUGGUCUUCCACGACUUCGAUGCAAAGGCAGAUCAAUGGAUGGUCUGCGAGAGGCAGUCUUCCUGGGGCGGUGAUGGUAGAGUCCUGACUCACCAGCGAAUCUGGAACGUCGAGACGGGCUGCCUGGUCAUCUCCUGCACUCAGGAGGGCAUUGCGCGGAUCAAAGACGCUUCAUUCAAGCUAUAG